UGUCUGCCUCCUCCUUCUCCUUCAGUGUCUCCUAUACGCCCCCAAAAUUUCACCUCCUCCUGUGCCCUCUCCGCCCCCCUCUUUUGGGGGCCCUGUGACCCUGAAUGUGGGGGGCACGCUCUACUCAACCACUCUGGAGACCCUGACUCGCUUCCCAGACUCCAUGCUGGGAGCCAUGUUUAAGGCUGGCACUCCCAUACCCCCCAACCUCAACCCUCAGGGGGGCCACUACUUCAUCGACAGAGACGGCAAAGCCUUCAGGCAUAUUCUCAAUUUUCUGCGCCUGGGCCGCCUUGAUCUGCCCCUGGGAUACGGGGAGACAGCGCUCCUCAGAGCUGAGGCUGACUUCUACCAGAUCCGGCCCCUCCUGGACGCCCUCCAGGAACUGGAAGCCUCUCGGGGGACCCAGGCCCCCACAGCCGCCCUCCUCCAUGCAGAUGUGGACAGCAGCCUGCGCCUGGUCCACUUUUCCGCUCGAAGAGGCCCUCAUCACUAUGAGCUGAGCUCGGUGCAGGUGAACACCUUCCGAGCCAAUCUCUUCUGCACCGAUGCUGAGUGUCUGGGGGCCAUGCGGGCCCGAUUUGGUGUGGCCCAUGAGGACAGAGCGGAGGGAGGCCCCCACUUUCGACUGGAGUGGGCCCCCCGUCCCACAGAACUCCCUGAGGCGGAGUACCAGAAACUGGGGCUGCAGCCACUGUGGACUCGGGGACCAGGAGAGAAACGGGAGGUGGUGGGUACAUCAACCUUUCUGGAGGAGGUGCUGAGAGUGGCUUUGGAGCACAACUUCCGCCUGGACUCCGUCUUCCCUGACCCUGAAGAUCUGCUCAACUCCAGAUCUCUGCGCUUUGUCCGCCACUGA